UCAAGAAUAAGAAUAAGGUUAGCAAACAUACCUAACCUCAUUGUUCGUAUGAGGUAUGAUAGACUUGUUUACUUGUAUUUUAAAAAUGAAUCCAACGUUUUUAUCAAAUUUGUAUUACAGAUUCGGAAGUAGUUUACAAAAAAGUGCGUUUGUUUGUGGACGUUUUGCAACGGUCAAAUAUUCAACUACAAAUAGUAAACCAAUAAGACAAGAAAAAUGGGACCUCAUGAGUGCAGUAAGUUUAGAAAGAAAACCCAUUCUCGAACGGGAAUUUACAGAAUUAGAAAAAAGCGUAGUGGAAUUUCUAAAGAAGACAGAAUUUGAAAUGAGUAGCAAAUCUGAUCACGAAAUUCGAUUAAUUACAGACAAAAUAAAAAUUGAACAACUCAAGAAAGGCGAUAAGAACAUUGAAAUUGACACAAUAACUCAACAAAUCGGACAAGAUUUUGAAGACGAAUGUCAGAGAGAACUAGAGGCAUUCUCUUAUCAAGAAAGGAUCACCGCCGAUGACAAAGCUAAUAAUACAAAAUCAACCUACAGGCUACUAGACCGCAAUUUACUUUUAAUUGUUCAAGAAAACAUAGGAAAUGAUCGUUUAUGGGUUCUACCUCAAGGAAUCAGGAAAGAAGGGGAAACACUACGAGCAACGGCUGAGCGAGUUUUAAAGGAGAAAUGUGGAAGUGAUAUUGAAGCAUUAUUUUACGGAAAUGCUCCCGUUGGUUUCUAUAAAUACAGUUAUCCAAAAAAUCUUCGAAAAACGGAGGAUGAUCCAAUAGGAGCUAAAAUUUUCUUUUUCAAGGCUAAACUGCUAAAAGGAAAUGUUAAUCCUUACUCAAAAGAUAUGGACUAUCGGUGGUCGACUCGCAAAGAACUUGGUGUUCUUCAGAAGGACUAUUUGAAACGAGUUUCUAUGUUUCUGAUUGAUGAAGAACAUUGAUUUGUGUAAAUAAUGACAUUAUGUGUGAUUAUGAGAUAGUGAGUAUUCAACAUUUUUAUAUAUUAUGAAAUAAAAUAAACUUGAAUGCUUUGAUCAA